AUGUCAGAUUACCUAUGUGAAGAGUUGAUUGUUAACAUAUUGAAAAGACUACCACCCAAAUCCCUCCUCCGGUUUAGAUCACUUUGCAAAAAAUUGUAUUCUUAUAUUUGUAGCCCCGAUUUCAUCCACAUACACACUUUUCAAUCCCAGCAAAAACUCUUAUUCAGACACGGAAGUAGUUACAAAAAUGAAGAACCAGACUUUUAUACAUUUCAUGGAGAAGAUGAAUUGCCAUUGUGCUUAGAACGUGGAUACAUUGGUAUGACUGCAGUUGAGUUUCCUUUUAGGAGAGAUUUCUGUAUUAUUGGUUCAUGUAAUGGAAUUCUAUGUGUGUUCGAUUAUUUAGAAGCAAAGUGUAUUAGUCUAUGGAACCCUUCAAUUAGGCGCAAAUUAACCUUACCUGAUUGUCCUCAUAGAUCCUUUUCUCGGGUACACACUGGAUUUGGUUUCGACCCAAUUACCAAUGAUUACAAGAUUGUGAGUAUACACAACCGAAGUUCAUUUGUUUAUGCCAUGAAGACAGGUACUUGGUGUGCAGUUGCUUCCCCUACUCCUUUGUUUCACGAGGUGUUAUCGAAUGCGUGUUUUGUGAAUGGAGCAUUGCAUUGGGUUGUAGAGGUAGAACCUUAUUUUAGUCAAUCAAAUGGCAUAGUCGAUAUUUGCUACAUAUUGACAUUCGAUUUGAGCACUCAUGUUUUUGGUACGAUUGCAUUGCUAGACACCAGUUGGGAAACACGAGAACUAACAACCAUCCAAGGUUCUCUAGCUGUGAUUUCUUAUUGUAUGGAUUAUCGUGAGGAUGAUGAUGAAAGUUGGAUUUGGAUGAGGAGAGUUGAUUCGUGGUCUUUGGUCUUUAAAUUGAAAACAAAUCAAGUUCAAGGAAGAAUAUAUAGAGUUUUGCAACUGACCAACAAUGGUGACUUGUUGUUCAACAUUUUUUUUGAGGGGUUCCAUGUUUGUAAGCCCAAUAUAGAGACUCGAUCAAGAUUAGUGGAUUUCAGUGCUGUUUCUUGCAUAGAUGACAUUGUUGUGUGUGUUGAGAGUCUACAAUUGUUAGACAUGGGGACUGCUUGUGAGGUAAAAGAGAAGCAAAAUUUGGUAUUAGAUGGACUUGAAUUCUUUUAA